CAAAUGACAGUAAGUCCUGAUGUCACAGGGCACUCCCCAAAAACAGCCGCUGUUCCACGGCUAUUCCGUGCUUUCCACCUUCUUCGCAUUUACAGUUAAAGUCGAGCCACAGAGUCUGCAGCGAUACCGAAACGACCAGCGGCGCCCUUUGGCGCAGUUGUGGCCCACUACUACCUGCCUCAGCCCCCAGAAGACGAAUUUCAUAGGAAAACAAUUGAAAAAGGAAGAAGAAGAAGAGACCCCGGACUGGGGGUAGGGGUGGAACAGCUGUUCGUCUGAAAACGGCAUCUGGACAGCGUCUUCAGGAUUCUGGCGUCUGGUGCGAUGGAAAGACCGACAAGAUCGCGUGUGCCGUGGGGAAUGGGGCCUGCUCCGCCUCUGCCUGUACCGGCCCCGCGAGCCCCCUGCGUGGUGCCUGCCGCCUUCCUGCUGUUCUCGCGCCAGGAGUACAGCGAGGGGAACGGAACCACGACGACGAGCGGAUACCCUUCAAGGAUGUGGGCGAUGCGCACGCCCUAAACGUGUCGGUGGCGGAGCGGUGCAUCCACUGGACUGCCCAGCAACAUCUACUGGUCCGAUGCGGAGCCUCGUCUCAUCGAGGUCGCCCUCGUGUAUGGCAGCAGUCGUGCUCUUGUGGAAGGGGGUGGAGAAGCCGCGUUCCCUGGUCCUCGAGACGCGUCGCGGGUACAUGUACUUGAACAGAAUCGCCUCCGACUCCAUAAGCCGCGCCACGAUGAAUGGAUCCGAGGAGACGAGACGCCUCUACUGGAUGGCAACAAGUGUCAGGUACUGGUUGGCCGCUAGGACUACGUGUACUGGAGCGACUGGAGCACCGGGGACAUUGAUCAAGUCGGGCCAGAGCCGCAGCACCGCCAAGGACGUGCCCAGCAUCCCCCCCAGCUACGCCAGACUCCCCGAAUUUGCCGCUGCCGGUGUCCGGCAAGAAUCUCCAUGCCCAGCUUCUUGGGCGAACUCGCAGAAGCCUCGCAACAUUGCCGUACAUCCCAUGAAGGCGAGGCGUCUGCCUUCAGGCCAUCAUUCGUGCCCGAGUCGAUGGCAAUGAGGGUGUGGAGCUGGAAGGAGUCACGGCGCUGGCCCUGGACCAACAGUCCGAAGAAGUUAGAGACAUCAAUGGAAAGAACAAAAAAACCCUUGCUUACAUGCACAUCUCGCAGGUGAUCUCGCAUUGCUGCCUUGGGGAGAUUUGUGUACUGGCUGGACGAUAAGACCGGACUGGAGAGAAGCGCAAUCACACCUGUCUGCAUAGUCGUACAAAGUGUUUCCACAUCUGCAUGGCCAGCGAGGUGUGACACGCAGUAUUCACGACGUAUGCUCGUGCCUGAUUCUGAUGCUCUGAUGCUACUGGAGGACAAGGAGAACUACAGCGUAUAUUCGGCCAGAUAAUUUUAAGUGGCGGGAGUAGUGACAUGAACAACGACUGUA